AUGUACACGGCUCAAUUGUUUAUCAUCUCCAUCGCGAUUAUUAUCGUACAUAAUAACGUACUUGCAGAAGAUAACCCAGAAGAAUGUGAGACUUUGCCUUCUGAAUUGCAUAUCAUUAAAGAGGAAUUUGACGAACUUGGACGACUUCAGAGGACAUGUAAUGGUGACAUAGCAGUGAACAAGUGUGAAGGAGCGUGCAAUUCACAAGUACAACCUAGUGUCAUUACUCCUAGUGGAUUCCUAAAAGAAUGUUAUUGUUGUCGCGAAACAUUUUUGAGGGAGAGAAUGAUCGCUCUCACACAUUGCUACGAUCCCGAUGGCGUAAGAUUGACCAGUGAUAAAUUGGCAACGUUGGAAGUAAAACUAAAAGAACCAGCGGACUGCAAAUGUUUUAAAUGCGGAGAUUUUUCCGGAUAA